GGCAGAAUCAAUAAAGUCCCCAACAGAAUGAGUUUUUUUUGCCCCGUGGGGCCAUAGAGGCGGGUGGUGUUGGCAGGGAACUAGAAAGCGGCACAGAAAGAGAAGGUUGAGAGGAGAGUGUUCAUUUAGUUGCUGAUAACUGUCGAGAGAUUCACACCGCAACCAGACGACACUUAUUUGUUCCCCAGCCAGGAGAAGACCGAAUCAUGGGAUCUGAAAUCGAGCUGACCUUCACCGAGGACCUCCAGCUUACGGAGGUCAUGCGUAUGCGUGCGCAGUCGCUGCAGCAGAAGGGUCAGAAAAGACAGGACGGGGAGAGGUUGCUUCUUCCUCACGAGGCCGUCUACCGCCUCGAAUUCGACGAGCAGGAGUUGACGUUCUCGCACUGGAACGUGAUCUUGCGAGGAACCGGCCGUCUCACGGUCACGGGCAUCUCUCAGCUCUGGACUCCCGACUUGACCAACCUGAUGACCAGGCAACUGCUGGAGCCCAUCGGACAGUUCUGGAGGAACGCCGGGGAUCCGGAGGAUUCGCCCAUUAAAUGUCUCGAGGCGGACAUCCAAGAGUUCGGAGAGAGGAUAGCGGAGAUGGCGCAGGUGCGGAAGGUGAUGUACUUCCUGUUUGCCUACAAGGAAGGGGCUGAAAAAGACAAGAUCUCCUGCUCUUUGGUCUUCAACAAAAAGGAGUGACAUUAGAUUUCUAAAAGUCUAGCUUCUUUCUAUAAUGGUCAGUCACAUCUAUUUUCUUCUACCAACUAAUGAAAACCUUUAAUGUGUAUUCACUUUUUAAUGUGUGCUUGAUGUACCAUUUUCAUUAGUUGUUCUCUAGUCUAGGAAAAAUCAAUUAAAUGACAUUUACUGUUAGUCACGCAAACAGAUAAACUUUAGACACAACUUUCCUGCUAUGUCAUUAUGAUACUUUAUGAUAAAAUAUUGGUAAUGCAAAUUUCUUUUACAGUGA